ACAGCCAGAUCCAAAAAAAAAGAGAAGAAAAAUCCUCUGCUCGAUUUGAACGGCACACGCACCAGCUCGGAGGAGGCUGGGUCGAGGCUGGAGAGGGUGACUGGAGAAUGGAAUGGAACCUCAGAAGGAUGGAAAGUGAACUCAGGCACAUCAACCCGGACCUGCUGCAGCCCAGCAAGAGCUUCAAGAAGCCCUCUUCAGGGACCAUCACCCUCAACGUUGGGGGGUUCCUGUACACGGCCCACCGGACCACCCUUGCCAAGCACCUGGGUACCUUUCUGGAAGAGCUGGCCAACGGUAAGAAGCCGGUCCAGCACACAGAUUCCAUGGGCAACCCGUUCAUCGAUAGAGAUGGUCCAGUUUUUCGCCAUGUGCUCAACUACCUCCGAACCGGAGAGCUCCAGCUGCCCGAUGACUUCCGGGAGGCAGGACUCCUGCGACGGGAGGCUGAUUUUUACCGUCUGAGUGAACUGGUGGAAGCUGUGAUCGAGUGGGAAAGUCAGAGGGCGGCCCAGCGGGAAGCCGCCUUUUUGGAGAUGACAGAUAGCCAUGAGCGGUCACAGGGCCUCAAGGUGUACUGCAGCGACCACGCCUUCAUCGACAAGGUGAAAGCGCGGCUGGUGCAGAUCUCCAAGAGCCGCCUGGACGGCUUUCCAGAAGAAUUUGUGGUGUCGUCCAACGUGAUCCAGUUCCGACACUUCAUCAAGUCGGAGCCGGGCUCACGGCUCGUGCUGAAGGAGGACAGCACAUUCUUGUGCACACUUGACUGUCUGAAACUAGAGACAGUGAUGCUCGCACUGAGAUCAGGCUUCAAGCUGGUCACCAGCCUCGACAGCAGCAAAGGCUCUGUGGUGGCGGCCGAGGCCCUGCACUUCGUCAAGUAGGAUGGAGGGAAACAGAGGGAAGUGCGGGGGGUGAUAGAGGGAAAAGAGU